AUGGGUUUUGGUUGUACUCGAACAUGCGACUUAAACCGUGGAAAAGAAGCCGACGCAUCAUUUCGCCCGAAAAAACCAGCUGUAACUCCACCAAAUGGGAGCGAUAGAAGUGAUUUUCCUUGGCCAAAUUUAGUUGUAGAGGUGGCUUAUACCGAAACAUUAGAUCACGUCGAAGAAGCGUUGCGCUACUGGUUAAGUCCUGGUCGCGCCCAUGAUUGUAUUAUUGUAAAAAUCGAUCCAGUUCCCCAAGGCCAAGUACCGGUCCGUAUGAGGGCUUGGCAUUACUGUGUCUCAGCAGGUAGAGGAACGAGAAAUACAGUUCCUCUUGUAACUACGGUAAUGUUAGACUAUAGUGAUUCGCUUUUCUGUUAA